AGCCACAACGGCGAGGGGAUUCUGUGUCUCCCCUCGCCCUCCCCCUCACGGCCAUUGGGCAGCCUCUGCUGCCGCGCCCUGUGGACGGGGCGGGGCCCCUCCCCAUCUCCCCUCGGUUCCCCUCCCCUCCCCUAUUUCCCGGGGUGGGAACUUCGGGAGACGGGAGGCGUGGAGGGGUUGCUGAGGGGCGUCCGGUUACAUCUCCGCCUUCCUCAGCCUCCGGCCGCCGAGCCCCUUGGUUUGCGGGACGGCAGUCCGGCAACAUGUUGGCCGCAAUCCGCUGGAGCCACGCUGCGUGGACGCGGGCGCUGUUGCUGCAGCUGCUGCUGGCGGGGCCCGGGGGCUGCCUGAGCCGCCAGGAGCUCUUUCCCUUCGGUCCGGGACACGGGGACCUGGAGCUGGAGGCCGGGGACGACCUCGUCUCCCCAGCCCUGGAGCUGAGCACAGCGCUCCGCUUCUUCGACAAAUCCAACAUCCACUCGGUCUACGUCACCACAAAUGGUCUCAUUGCCACGAGUGAACCCCCAGCCAAAGAAGCCCACCCUGGGCUCUUCCCACCAACCUUUGGGGCGGUUGCCCCUUUCCUGGCGGACUUGGACACGACUGAUGGCCUCGGGAAGGUUUAUUACCGGGAGGAUGUAUCCCCCUCGACCACUCAGCUGGCCAUGGAGUGUGUCCAGAGAGGGUUCCCAGAAGUCACCUUCAAGCCCAGUAGCGUGGUGGUUGUCACUUGGGAAAACGUGGCUCCCUACCAAGGGCCUGGCAAGGACCCGGCCCAGGAAGACAAGAGAAACACAUUCCAGGCUGUUCUGGCCUCCUCGGACGCCAGCUCCUAUGCCAUUUUCCUUUAUCCCGAGGAUGGUCUGCAGUUCUACACGACAUUCUCAAAGAAGGAUGAGGAUCAAGUUCCCGCCGUGGUGGCUUUCAGCCAAGGUGUGGUAGGACUGAUAUGGAAGAGUGACGGAGCUUAUAACAUCUUUGCUAAUGACAGAGAAUCACUUGGAAACUUGGCUAAGAGCAGCAACUCCGGGCAGCAGGGCGUCUGGGUGUUUGAGAUUGGCAGUCCAGCCACGGCCAGCGGUGUGGUGCCCUCGGAUGUGAACCUGGGGCUAGACGACGGAACAGAGUAUGACGAUGAGGAUUAUGACUCAGUGACAGGUGUGGGCCUGGAGGUCGUGGGCACCACGUCCUUCCCCCAUGAGACCCCGCGAAGGGGAGAUGCCGGCACCUACAACAUGCCCAGUGACCUUGCCCCCCGCCGCCUGGCCACCGAGAGACCCCCCACGCCUCCCACGGAGAGGACCAGGUCUUUCCAGCUGCCGGCCGAGACCUUUCCCCAGCAGCAACCGCAGGUCAUAGACGUGGAUGAAGUGGAGGAAACUGGAGUUGUUUUCAGCUACAACACGGAUAACCGCCAGACGUGCGCCAACAACAGACACCAGUGCUCCGUGCAUGCAGAGUGCAGGGAUUUUGCCACCGGCUUCUGUUGCAGCUGUGUUGCCGGCUACACUGGGAACGGCCGACAGUGUGUGGCAGAAGGUUCCCCCCAGCGAGUCAACGGCAAGGUGAAAGGAAGGAUCUUUGUGGGGAACAGCCCGGCUCCCAUCGUCUUUGAGAACACUGACCUCCACUCAUAUGUGGUCAUGAACCAUGGGCGCUCCUACACAGCCAUCAGCACCAUUCCUGAGACCAUCGGCUACUCUCUGCUUCCUCUGGCCCCUAUUGGAGGCAUCAUUGGAUGGAUGUUUGCAGUGGAGCAGGAUGGAUUCAAAAAUGGGUUCAGCAUCACAGGGGGCGAGUUCACCCGCCAGGCUGAGGUGACCUUUGUGGGGCACCCGGACAAGCUGGUCAUUAAACAGCAGUUCAGCGGCAUUGAUGAGCACGGACACCUGACCAUCGACACAGAGCUGGAGGGUCGCGUGCCGCAUAUCCCAUUCGGCUCCUCGGUGCACAUCGAGCCCUACACGGAGCUGUACCACUACUCCCGCCAGGUGAUCACGUCCUCUUCCACCCGGGAGUACACGGUGAUGGAGCCAGAGCAGGACGGCACUGCCCCUUCGAACGUCCACACUUACCAGUGGCGCCAGACCAUUACCUUCCAGGAGUGCGUCCAUGAUGACUCACGGCCGGCCCUGCCCAGCACCCAGCAGCUCUCGGUGGACAGCGUGUUUGUCCUGUACAACCAGGAGGAGAGGAUCUUGCGCUAUGCUCUGAGCAACUCUAUCGGUCCCGUGAGGGACGGCUCCCCGGAUGCCCUUCAGAAUCCUUGCUACAUUGGCACUCAUGGGUGUGACACCAAUGCAGCCUGUCGCCCCGGCCCCGGGACCCAGUUCACCUGCGAGUGCUCCAUCGGCUUCCGAGGAGAUGGACGCACCUGUUACGAUAUCAACGAGUGUUCAGAACAGCCUUCGGUGUGUGGGAGCCACGCCGUCUGCAAUAACCACCCAGGGACCUUCCGCUGCGAGUGUGUAGAGGGUUACCGGUUUUCAGAGGAGGGAACCUGUGUGGCUGUCGUGGACCAGCGUCCCAUCAACUACUGUGAGACCGGGCUCCAUGACUGUGACAUCCCCGAGCGGGCCCAGUGCAUCUACCUGGGAGGGGCCUCGUACACCUGUUCCUGCCUGCCAGGCUUCUCUGGGGAUGGCCGAGCCUGCCAAGAUGUGGAUGAAUGCCAGCCCAGCCGAUGUCACCCUGAUGCCUUCUGCUACAACACUCCAGGCUCCUUCAUGUGCCAGUGCAAACCUGGGUAUCAGGGAGAUGGCUUCCGCUGUGUGCCUGGAGCAGAAGUGGAGAAGACCCGAUGCCAGCUUGAACGAGAGCACCUCCUGGGGCCGGCCGAUGCCCAGCGGCCCUGGCCCCCGGGGCUGUUUGUCCCUGAGUGUGACGAGCACGGACACUACGCGCCCACCCAGUGCCAUGGCAGCACUGGCUACUGCUGGUGUGUGGACCGCGACGGCCGCGAGGUGGAGGGCACCAGGACCAGACCCGGGAUGAGGCCCCCCUGUCUAAGUACAGUGGCACCCCCAAUCCACCACGGACCCGCAGUUCCCACCGCCGUGAUCCCCCUGCCGCCUGGGACCCACCUGCUCUUUGCCCAGACGGGUAAGAUAGAGCGCCUGCCCCUGGCAGGAAGCACCAUGACCAAGACGGACGCCAAGGCGCUGCUCCACGCCCCGGAUAAAGUCAUCAUCGGACUGGCCUUCGACUGUGUGGACCAGAUGGUGUACUGGACCGACAUCAGUGAGCCUUCCAUUGGGAGAGCCAGUCUGCAUGGUGGGGAGCCAACCACCAUCCUUCGACAAGAUCUUGGAAGCCCAGAAGGUAUUGCUCUUGACCAUCUUGGCCGCAACAUCUUCUGGACAGAUUCUCACCUGGAUCGAAUAGAAGUUGCCAAGCUGGAUGGCACCCAGCGCCGGGUGCUGUUUGAUACUGAUUUGGUGAAUCCCAGAGGCAUCGUAACGGAUUCCGUGCGAGGGAACCUUUAUUGGACAGAUUGGAACAGAGACAGCCCCAAAAUUGAAACUUCCUACAUGGAUGGCACAAACCGGAGGGUCCUCGUGCAGGACGACCUGGGCUUACCCAAUGGGCUGACCUUUGAUGCCUACUCCUCUCAGCUCUGCUGGGUUGAUGCAGGCACCAGUAGGGCUGAGUGCCUGAAGCCGGGUCAGCCCAGCAGACGCAAGGUUCUCGAAGGCCUCCAGUACCCUUUCGCUGUCACCAGCUAUGGGAAGAAUCUGUAUUACACCGACUGGAAGAUGAAUUCCGUGGUUGCCAUAGAUCUUGCUGUUUCCAAAGAGACGGAUACCUUCCACCCCCACAAGCAGGCCCGGCUGUAUGGCAUCACGACUGCCCUGUCUCAGUGUCCUGAAGGUCACAACUACUGCUCAGUGAACAAUGGUGGCUGCACCCACCUCUGCUUGGCCACCCCAGGAAGCAGGACCUGCCGUUGCCCUGACAACACCCUGGGCGUUGACUGUAUCGAGCAGAAAUGAAGACAAGUAUUUCACAGCAACACCCUACUUGAAAGGGUCCAGAAUGAAGACUAUCUGACUUUGUGGCUGCGUGGCCCUCAGACCCAGGUCCAACCUCAGCCUGAACCUCAACAGCACUGCCCUCACAGAUCCCCACAACAUAGGCCCUGGGCUUCUGGAAUGGGAAAGCCUCUAACCCUACAGAAAGACAGAAAUUCUCCCUGACCCCAACCCUCAGACUUAUACAGCCCCGAGUGAGGAUCGUGUGCCCCAUCCUGGUACCCUGGACCCUUUCUUCAACCUUAACAUCCCGGUGAUGAGCAGAACCUGCCCUGUGGCCUUACGAGCUCAGCCUCACUUGGAGACACCCAUCAUCCCAUCAGGGGCUGGACACCAGCUAGGAUUGUCCAGGCAAGGCUGUGAGCAGAGGAGGGAGUUAGCCCUCCCAUGUUUUUUCUCUUGGUGCUCUGAUUUCCCUCUUUAAACUCUUAGCUUUUUACCCCUGAGGUCUGUACCCCCUGCAUCCUGCCCAGUGCCCACAUACUAGUGAGCAGGCCCUGCCUUUUGAUCAGAACCCACCCUGUCCGAGGGAUUUAUGGGUAUUUUGGUGGAUGAUACUGAGCAGCCCCUCCCAGGUAAGUUAUUGGCAUUUCAGCAGUAGGCUUUUGUAGUCAAAGGCUUAAAUCAAAGGAGUGUCCAGUGGUAGGACUUACAGGGUGUAAAGUCUGAUGUUUGAGGAUGAGGAUUCUAUUGAUGUGCCUUAAAUUAUACCAAAGAUUACCGCAUUACUCCUCCUCUUUGUCCAAAGCACUUGGAUCCUAGGGUCUAGUCUCUUGGACAGCACAGCCUCGCUGCUGGCACCUGUGUCCAGCCUCUGCAUGGACACCCAUCUGAGACACAGGCUGGGGCUGGUUCCAGGGAUGACCCCCCUAUAGUUCCUCACCUUCGGCUUCCACCCAUAGGAGACCCUCUACGGUCAACGUGAGCUUUCUUCUCCUUUGUUUCUCCUCUGUCCAUGGCCCUUGCUGGAUAUAUUCUCAUCCAGAGACACAAUCCAGGAGGGCCAAACUGAAUAUUUAUACUAGGGGUCCAGACCCUUUAUUGAUCAUUGCUGUCAUUAAAAGGACCAUUGCCCCAUUUCAUUUUCUGUUUCUACGGUCUAUUCAGAAAACAUCUCCUGAUGUUUAUUAUUAUUAACAUCAGUGCUAUUAUUAUGAUUAUUAUUAUUUGGUCAGCUACUUCCCAGAGUCCUAAAACAAUAGAAAUUUGGGAUUGAAAGCUGAGGAUUGGGAGCUUGAGUCAGUCAAGAUCAGGGGAGGGGCGUAGAGAAGACGCAGUGCAAAGUCUCAAAGAGCUUGACUUCAGGACGUGGAAGAAUUUGCCUAGUUUUCUCCUUACGGAAGAGAUGCCUCUUCUCAUCUGUGAACCUCAGGACACUCAGCUCCUCUCACCGCCCCCCUCUGCACCCUAUGGGAAUCAGAGUCAAGAGAGCCUUUCCUUGAAUAAUUAGAGUUUGUUUUGAGAGGCAGAAAUAUCCCCAAGAGUCUCCAGGUUUGGGGAACACAUGGGUCUUUUAUCUAGCCCAACCCCACAAGUUAGUUUCACUUUCUUUUCAUAUUUAUCAUUCCAUAUCAAGCCCUCUAUAUCAAAUGUUUUGUCAUGAUUUUGUGUAAUGUUUAUAACUAUUUUAUUCAUUUUACUAGAUUCAUUCUAAAAUUUUUGAAAUGGUAAAUUCUCAAACUGUGGAAA